AUGGUGGCGGUGCUGCCGGGGCUGUACGUGGGGGGCGCCGAGUCGUGCUCGUCCCCGGAGGCGCUGGCGGCGGCGGGAGUGGUGGCGGUGCUGACGGUGGACGCGGAGGAGGCACCGCUGCCGGCGGCGCCGGGGCUGCGGGCCCUGCAUGUGCGGGCGCGGGACGAGCCCGGCGCCGACCUCCUGAGCCGUCUCGACGACUGCGCCGCCUUCAUCGGCGCCGCGCGGGCCGCCGGCGGCGCCGCCCUCGUGCGCUGCGCGGCCGGGGUGAGCCGCAGCGCCGCCGUGGUGACCGCCUACCUCAUGAAGAGCGAGGGGCUGCGCUGGGAGGAGGCCUACGCCGCCGUGAAGGCCGCCAAGCCUGACGUCGAGGUGAACCCGGGCUUCGAGGGGCAGCUGAAGCUCUAUGAGGCCAUGGGCUGCGUCGUGGACACGAGCAGCGCCCUUUACAAGCGGUACCGCCUGCAGAUAGUCACGGAGAGGUAUCCCGAACUUCAAGACUUGCCCCGGGAAGUCUUUGCUGUUGAUCCAACCAGUAUAUGUCAAACUCCAAGCAUGGAGGUUCUCUACAGAUGCAGAAAAUGCAGGCGCUCUCUAUUCCGUAGUUCGAGCAUUUUGUCCCACACAGAAGGAAGUGGACCAACAGCCUUUGUUCACAAGAGGAUAACAGACUCUACUCAGCUUCGUGAUCAUGGCCGUGAUAAAUGUACCUCUUACUUCAUUGAACCUGUGCAGUGGAUGGAGCCAGUAUUGCUAGGAGUCAUGGAAGGACAGCUUCUGUGUCCCAAAUGCACCUCUAAGCUGGGUUCCUUCAGCUGGCGCGGUGAGCAGUGUUCUUGCGGCCGCUGGGUGACUCCUGCCUUCCAGAUUCACAAAAGUAGAGUGGAUGAAGUGAAAACGCUGCCAGUUUGCGACUUCCAGGCUGCCCAAACCUGAACUCAGUGCCUCCCUCGAUGGAUUGCCUUAACAUCCACAGAGCACUGCUCCUACUUACUGUAUGGCAGUCACUGUCUACUUACUGCAUGCCAGGACUGAAUUUGCAACUUCCACCCCUUUGCAAUGCAGUGGAAUUACUUGAACAACUCCAUGUUUAUAUAUGUACAAUAAGAAAGAACUUCCUUCCAAGAGAUGUUAUACAGUGAUCAAAAAUACACAAGAAUACCUGAAGUUGAUAAUAUGCUGCUAUUUACAGAAGGUCACAAGUUAUUCUAAAGAAAUGCUAGCUGAUUGGAAUCAGUUUCGGGAUGCAGAAAGCAGUACUACUUCUGUCUUCUGAUAUGGGAGUUCAAAACAUCUUGUCUAAAACAUUCAACUCUGAUUUUAGGAAGUAUAUUCUACACAGAUGUACAACAUUCUAUACAGCAUGUGGGGAAAUACUUUAAGGCAUAGUUAAGUGCCACAAUUAUGACUGUGUUGCAAUGUUACAUUAUCAUGCAUGUCAGCUACUAGAAGUGAAAGGAAGGUUAUGUAUUUUUUUUAUAAUAAAGGUAGUUCUGCAAGUCUA